CUACAUCUGUGUCGAUAUUUUCAGCGGUUGUAGGGCCCCGCCACUCCUUCCAAAACCCGAGGCCAAGAAUGGACCGCAACCUGCAACGAACCUCUGUCUGGUGGAUCAUUGUCCUUCUCACAGUUUCCACACUCAUAGAGAGCAGUUUAGUUUACAGCCGAGGCCCCUCCAGCGCAGCAAACCCUCACCUACCGAGCAGGACUAUUCAGCCUCAACGUCAACAGAGCGCAGAGUUCAGUACGCGGCCUCGACCUGUCCUGGUCAAGUGCCACCCUGAUUCAAUGGAGGUUGUGGUGCAGGCUGAUAUUUUUAAUACAGGCCUUGUGUUGGACGGCAAUCAUCUGCGCCUUGGCUCAGAUUCAGUGAGAGAAGGGAGCGCAUGCAUAGCAGUCCCAUCAGGAGAGGCGGAAUUCACCAUCCAUGCCCACCUGACGGACUGUGGAACCAAACUCUCUUCGACAAAAGAGAAGAUUAUCUAUUCUACUGUGCUGGUCUACUCACCUGAACCUUCAUCUGAUGGUUUGCUUAGACUAGAUGGAGCAACUAUCCCACUUGAAUGCCAUUAUGACAAGAGAUAUGCUGUUGAUGGCAUUUCUCUGCACCCCGCCUGGGUUCCUUUCAUCACCACAGCCACAGUUGACGAUCAGAUAGACUUCAGUCUGCAACUCAUGACGGAUGACUGGCAGUUUGAGAGAGGAUCUUACACAUACUUCCUGGGUGACCCAAUUCAUUUCAAAGUGUCUGUCAUCAUGGGUAACCACAUGCCCUUACGAGUCUAUGUUGACCAUUGUGUUGCCACAGCAACACCUGAUGCAAAGGCAACAUUAAGAUAUGACUUUAUUGAGCAUUAUGGAUGUCUCGCUGAUGCUUACCUGACAAACUCCAGCUCUCACUUCCUACCGAGAGCUGCAGAGCACGCGCUUAGAUUCCAGCUCGAUGCAUUCAGGUUCCACCAGGAGCCCAACAAUCAGGUCUACAUCACCUGCUACUUGAAGGCUGUUCCAGUCGCAUCACCUGUUAACUCCCAAAACAGGGCGUGCUCUUUUAUUGAGAACAGAUGGCUGUCAGUUGACGGUAAUGACCAGGCAUGUAGAAGCUGCGACAUCUCUCAUCGGGUUGAGGAGCCUCCAUCCACAGAGCCUCCUACAGCAACCAUCAGCACCAACGCCUGGCCCGACAUGACCUCACAGGAGAGUUUUGUCCAGAACAGUCCCGAGCAUCACCCGGCCAGUUAUGUCCGUGUCCGCCCUGGAAUGCACCAGAGUCAACAAGACAGACUUCACCAGUCCUCUGCUGGAUUGAUGAAGAGAGAAGCAGAUGACAAAGCAGAUAGAACAGUCCAGCUGGGACCACUUAUUGUCACAUUAUCAACAGAUUCCACAACAGCACUUUCACCCAAGAAAAAGACCACCUGAGACUCAGGAUUGCACUCUGGAGACUGCUGAGAAUGGAAAAAAAUAACUUCACUGCUGCCACUUUCAAAGUCAAAAGAAAUAUAAUAGCAUCCUGGAAACCCCACACACAUGACACACAACCAUUUUGGACAAAACUGACUUUCCUCUGAAUACAGAGAUUAAUCUCAUCAUUCUAAAUGUCAUCUCACUUGACAUACACGUUUUCUUGUCAGCUUUAACCCUCCAAGGGAAAGUACUUACCAUUUUCCAUUUACUUCAAAUGUAAUUUUUUUUUUUUUUUUUUUUUUUUACAGUUCUUGUACUUUCCACACAAAUGACAAACCUGUUUUUUUUUGUUUUUUUUUCUCCCCAUUAAAUAUUUUACAAGAUGA